UCUUAUCUCCACACACUACUCAAUAUCUGCCCCUUAUCCUUUCCCUUCAGCUCUUAUUUUCUGUUCCUUGUUUUCUGCAACCCAAGAACUUUUCACCAUGGCCAGCACAGGCUCCAAGUUCCAGCAAAACCCACCUCUGAAAACCCAAAAGAUUUUUCUUGGAGUCCAAAUCUUCAUGAGAACUGCCACAAUGACUGCUACAUUGGCUGCAACUUGGGUGAUGGUCACCAACAAGCAGAGCAGUCAGAUUAUUGGCAUAGAAUUUGAUGCUCGAUAUUAUUAUUCACCUACCUUCAAGUUCUUUGCUUAUGCAAAUGCUGUUGUGAGUGCCUUCUGCUUGCUCUCCUUGUUCCUCGUUUUCCUUAUCCAUCGCCAUGGCUCGAAUCCUACCAACUACUUCAUCUUGUUCCUACACGAUUUGGUAAUGCUGUGUUUGCUGAUGGCUGGAUGCUCAGCUGCAACUGCAAUAGGGUACGUGGGGCAAUAUGGGAAUAGCCACUCGGGCUGGGCGCCAAUUUGUGAUCACUUUGGGAAGUUCUGCAAAAGAGGGACUGAUUCUGUGGUUCUCUCUUACUUGUCUCUCGUUUUCUUGCUCAUGCUCACCAUCAGCUCUGCAACCAAGUCGAGAAAGAUUCAGGUUUAGAUCUUCUAAUUAAGUUGUUGUUGUUGUAAAGGAAGUUGAGCGUGAUGGAGGUAGUUGCAAUGUGAUAUAUAAGAAAAUGUUGAGCUA